AUGUACUUCGCUGGUCGGACUCGAUACAUAGUCCUUGCGUUGAGCUUGGCCUGCUUGACGCUAAUCUUCUCGAACAGUCUGGCACUUAAUUUUACCAUAAUCUGUAUGGACGAUGUGAAAACGGACUUUUACAGUGAAAACAAAAAUACUACAGAAGUACACUGGCUGGACUCUAGCAAGCAUAAGAACUCUCUGUUCUCGGCUAUCGCUAUAGGUUGCAUUCUCGGCACUGUGCCAAAUUCGCUGCUCAUUCAGAAGUUUGGACUACGGGCGGCUGUCGCAGUCAGUGGUCUUCUGACAACGGUUGCUACUUUAUCUUUCCCUCUUGCCGUGAAGUACGGAUUUGCAGCCGUAUUUAUUAUGCGAGUAUUACAAGGAGUGGGCACUGCUCUAUCAUUUCCCAUGACGGGUAUUGCACCAGCGCAGUGGUCGACAUUGAAAGCUACCGGUACAUUCAUUGCCAUCUUGUCGUGUCAUGUACAG